CCACAAACGCACUACGCACAUCUCAGCGUGCAUUGGAAAUAUCUUACAAAUUUGUCAGUGAGUGAUGAUACCAAUACACGGUUGGGAUAUGCUGUGGGGCGUAGAUGUGAAUUCAGAUAACGGAGAAUAAAAAUGCUGACAAACGAAAUUUUCGUGUUCUAGUGACGAAGCAUUCACUUUCAACAAGACCUCUUUUCCUCUAAUCCUCAUUCCUCUCCCAAUAUGGUUUAUAUGUAGCUCUCUGGAUCCCUUCGUCCUGGUUCCGUUCUCCAAUAUCGUAGAUUUUUAUUCUGUUUUUCUACCAACGAAAACUAGGGCUACGGAGGCUCGAUCGAUCAGUUGAAGUUCAGUUAUAUCUGUUAUCUUUCACAAAUUUCAGCCAUGAAUCCCGAAUAUGACUAUCUUUUCAAGCUUCUGCUUAUUGGAGAUUCUGGUGUUGGCAAGUCAUGCCUUCUAUUGCAGUUUGCGGAUGAUUCGUAUGUAGAUAGUUAUAUCAGUACCAUUGGCGUUGAUUUUAAAAUACGCACAGUGGAGCAGGAUGGAAAGACUAUAAAACUCCAGAUUUGGGAUACAGCUGGCCAAGAGCGUUUCCGAACAAUUACAAGCAGCUAUUACCGUGGUGCACAUGGCAUAAUUAUUGUCUAUGAUGUUACCGACCAAGAAAGCUUCAACAAUGUUAAGCAGUGGUUGAAUGAGAUUGAUCAAUAUGCCAGCGAAAAUGUGAACAAACUUUUAGUUGGAAACAAAUGUGAUUUGACUGCUAAAAAAGUGGUUUCCUAUGAAACUGCCAAGGCAUUUGCAGAUGAGAUCGGCAUCCCAUUCCUGGAAACAAGUGCCAAAAAUGCCACGAAUGUUGAACAAGCAUUUAUGACCAUGGCUGCAGAGAUAAAGAACCGGAUGGCAAGUCAACCAGCAAUGAAUGCCAACAGACCUGCUGCUACAGUACAAAUGCGAGGGCAGCCAGUCGCUCAGAAGAGCAACUGUUGCUCAUCUUGAUUUAGCUUUCCUUCUCUGGAGCGGAUCUGGCAAUGUGCUUCUGACGCAAAAGGUAUAAGAAGUUGCAAGCCCGCAGAUCACCAUAUCCAGUGACCAGUGCCUAGUGAACCACUCAUCCUGAUAUGUGUAUAGAAGAAAAGGCCAACGACAUGUGUUCGUGGAAUGAAUGAAGUGUUGGGGGCAUGCCCCUUGUAUUCCUCGUCUUUUCUUUUUGUACCUUGUACGUUUGGAUUCAAAGUUUCAUUUCUGGAAUUUGUGUGCAGAAUUGGAUGGAUAUAGCAGAAGUUCGUUGCCCCAAUAUAGGCUGUAGCAAUCUGGUUGCUUUGUAGGCCAUAUCAUAUGGUUCUGUCAAGUGGUCUUUUAUGUGCUAUAUUUUUCUGACAUUUAUAAUUUACCAAGAGAUGUGAAGAUUGGUAAACUGGUGUAACGUAUGAUCAUUAUACUAGCCACUUUGAAGAGCCUCAAGUGUUCCUCUUCCA